CACAGAACGAACUGAGAACGAACUCAAGAACUACUGCAUUCUAGGGUUGCAGUCAUGAUUUGUUCUCAAUUCUCUCCUUGAUCUUCCUGAAGGACAACAAUACGACCGACUUCGGAAGCAUCAUCUCUCUGCCUCACGAGCGAGAAGCACGAUGGCCACGCAUGACUGGCCUCCUGGCGAUUAUCUCCCCGAACUCCCAGAGAUCUUGCUGAGCGGAUAUGGUCAAGUCUUCUCUCUCACGCAGCAGCUCGAACCACGAAUCAUGCGGAUGCAAAUCGAGCGCAACCGGAGUCCCAAGACAAAGAUGAGGCUGAGUUUAAAGAGUCGCCAGCAGGCUGAGAAAGCCAAGGUCAAGUUUAUCAAACUCCUCGAGGCCUGGGAUGCGGAGCACGACAAAGAGAAAAGCAACAUGAGUAUGCAACGGAAGGGGAAAAAGGAAUCGGUCGCGGCGAAAGUGCGGGCCAACAUCACUCAGAUGCACAGCUGGCAGGACGUCUUCGCCUCACUUCGAGAAGCAGAGGAUCACUACAGCACCUCGAGCAAGUUCCGAAGGCUCUUCCGAAAGGGGGCAAGCAGGGCGGAGGCAGUGGAACCCUUCCUAAAUCUGAUCCCAGAUACGGACUAUACCUCCGUUGUCUGCGGGGGGAUCAAGUUCAUUUUAGGUGCUUGUUCGGCGGCGAAUCGAUCGCGGCAGGAGAUAAUCGCCCUGGUCGAGUCAUUGCCCGAAAAGGUGGAGAGUGCAAGCCAGUAUGCCGAGCUGUACAGCUCAGAGCCAAUCCUCCAAACCGCUACCUGUCAACUUUACCUCAAGAUAUUGACCGCCAUGGAAGCUAUCAUCGCUUUCUGGACCAAGGACCGUUCAUUCGAGUUCCUGAAACCUCUCUUCUUUCAGCGCACAUACCGACCCCUCCAAGCCGAGCUCGACGAUGUGAAGAAGGCGUCAGACACUGUCGAGCGCACAAUUCAAUUCUGCGAUCGGAAUCGACUGCUCCAGAUCGCGGACCGGGUGGGAGGAACGCAGACGACCGUUGCUGAGAUCAAAGCCCUGCUUAUAGAGUUUUUCACACAGCAGUCGAUCAAGACCAAAUGGAUCCAGGAAUACCUGAUGCAAAUCUCCCAGUACAAGGCGGAGUCUACCAAGCCCCGAGCGUACAUAACUCCCGGGGAAAUCAUCCAAGCCCUGGAAGCGGCAUUCCCUUCGGUCCUGCCGUCUAGAGAUGAUAGCGAUGCAACGACCCACGGGCCCCUGCAGCGAGUGCUCCAAGCCGGCUUUUCCAUGGCAGGACCGGACCAGCAACGGACGAGCUGGACGAUCUCCGACCCUAAGGUCUUCGGGUGGUUCAAAUCCCGGCACUCGCGCGCGCUCGUCGUCCACGGAAACUGCGCCCUGCAACGGAUCAGCCCCCUUUCCUUCUUCUGCGCGCUGCUGAUCGAGAGCCUGCGGAGCCUCGGGCCCAUCGUCGUCUUGCACCACUUCUGCGGGUUGCACCCGCCGUCCGACCACCGCGACGUCGGGUCCGCGGGCUCCAUCGUGACGGCCGCGUUCCGGGGCGCGGUCUCGAACCUGACGCCGGUCUUUCUCGUCUCGGUCUUGCGCAAACUGAUCAAAGCCCUCCCGCGCCGGCAGCCGGUCUUUCUAAUCCUCGACGGGAUCAAUUACUACGAGACGCGCGAAUUCGGCUGGGAGACGAAGCGCUUGGUUAAGAAGCUCGUCAAGCUGCUCGGGGCGGGAGGAGCGCUGUACAAAUUGCUGAUCACGAGUACCACCCGCGUGCUCGAUAUAGAUGAGUAUUUCGAGAAUGAUGAGAAAUUGUAUGUGCCCGUGGAACCGACCCCGCGGGGAGUGGGUGCUGCGAAUCAACAGCUAAAACGGAGAUUCACUUUUGGGCGGUCAACCAGGAGUCAAUAA